ACUGGAUACAUUGAUCUUGAACUUGAUCGCAGUCACAAUGGCUCGUUCGUCGUUCGUUUUGGUGGUCGUGGUUCUUUGUGGCCUCGUCGAAUAUUGUGAGCAGACUUCUGAAUUCCACAUCCCAAAUGUGAAGGCCAACUGGGUCGGUGCCGUGGAGUACUGCAAUCGAAUCAGCAUGAGACUGGCAAUUGUCGACGGUGCAGAUAAAUCCCAGGCAGUUGUGGAUGCGAUCAAAACAGCCAAAGGGGACGGUUUGAAUUUAGCCAAUGUUUGGAUCGGAGCAAAUGACAUUUCCAAGGAGGGUACUUUUAUAUGGCAUGCGACGGGGCAACCUGUCAAGUAUAGCGACUGGUCGGCGAAAAAUCCUGAUAACGAUCGAGGGCGAGAAAACUGUGUGGAAAUCGCAUUCAAGGAUUACACUCAGUGGAAAUGGGCUUGGAAUGAUAACAAGUGUGAUGCGGUGCUGAAUUUUGUUUGUGAGUUCAAUUUUAUCGAUCUACGUGAUACUCGCGAUUCAAUAAAAGUUUUCUAGAACAGUGGCAAAUGUAUUGUCAUUCAUAAUGCAUUCAUAAAUGCAACUUUGUUCGUACUAAUAUGACAGAAGAUAAUGUAUAUUAGGGCAUAAAAAAUGAAUAGGAAACAUCAGUUACGAUUCCACUGAGAAUAAAAAAUAAA